UGAAAUUCCCAAAGGAAAAAAAUACAAGAUGAAAAGCAAGUUCCUUUUGAUUUUCCUCUUCUUAGGAAUUCUUUACUGUGAAGCAGAAUAUUUCAAUCCCAACUGUUACGAGUACGACUACUUAGAGCUAGCCUUAAGGUGGCCAAACACCUAUUGCUUGACACAUGAAGGUGCUUGCAGGGACAUAGUGCCCCAAUAUUUCACUAUUAGUUACCUUCGUCCCAAGAAAAGGGCAGGACCUGACCUGCAAUAUUGUCCCACACAAAUUAGUCUGCCAAAUAGCACUAUAGAGGCAAACAAAAAUGACCUACUCAAAUUUUGGCCUGAUCUAAGAACGGAUAAUUUUAUAGAGAGCAAGUCAUUAUGGAAAGACCAAUGGAAGAAGUUUGGAUCAUGCUAUAAUUUGAUGCCAGAUGACUAUAUUGUUUAUGCACUCAACAGCAGAAAGAGAAACGACCUGAAGAAAAUCUUGACAAAUGCAGGUAUUGUUCCGAGUGGAAGUUCAUACCCAACGCGGAGAAUACUACAAGCUUUCAGAAAAGCUUUGGGUGUGAAUGUGAACAUAAUCUGUGAACCAGAUAGAAAUGGAUAUGUUUAUCUUGCAGAGGUUCAUCAAUGUGUUGAUGUUCAAGGAACAACACCUAUAGACUGCGAUAAUAAGGCCAGAGGGUGUGAUGAUGAUCCCAUCUAUCCUUAUAUGGGAUUCCAACCAGAUAAAGAUCCCAAGUAAUAACACCAUGUAAUCAUAUGCAUAAACUCCUAUAUAAUUGUAUUAUCCCUAGAACAAAUAUGUGUUCAAAAUAAGGGGUUCUAAGUGUAUGCUAAGAAGAUAAUUAUAAAAUAUUUGAAUAAAAUUUAAAAGAAAAUGUUUGGCCAGAUAUGUGCAAAACAUUUUGUUUUAUCAUGCAUGU